CCUACAGCCUCUCUGCUACUAGAGCAACCCACUACUUCAUCCCAUUCUCAGUAGCUUAACUUCUCUCACCCAAAACCACCCAAAACCUCCGCUCUUAUCGAAAUGUCUUCCAACUACGAAUCAGGCUACGACCCUUAUACCCCAGGCGGCGGACAUGCUGCUGGAGGAAGCUCAUCUGCGGCGGGUAACAACAAGACGGCUCAUAUCCAGGCUCAGAUUGAUGAGACCGUGGGAGUGAUGAGGGACAAUAUUCAAAAGGUCAAUGAGAGGGGAGAGAACCUCAAUGACCUGCAGGGCAAGACUGACAACUUGGCGGUAUCCGCUCAAGGCUUCAGGAGGGGAGCCAACAGGGUCCGCAAGCAGAUGUGGUGGAAGGACAUGAAGUGAGUAUCUGUAGGCGUGUGAAGCUGCGCCUGAGAUCACUCUAAGGCCAAUGCCAGUCAUCCUUUCUCGAAUCUAUGCUUACCUACUUGCCCAUCUUGUGCCCUGCUCUCUUCCUCAGGAUGCGCAUCAUCAUCAUCAUCGGUAUCUUCAUUCUGCUCUGUGUCAUCAUCAUCCCUAUCGCGGUCAAGGCCAGCAACUAAAGCAGCCUCUCCUGCUGACGGUGUC